AGCUGAACUAUUUAGCCAAACAGAGAAUCCUUUUAAUUUGAAAGUAGUUUGUAAAACCCGAAGUAGCUCAAUUAAAGUGUCCUCCCUGAAAUGGAUUAUCUGGUCACCCUAACUAUACGAAACUAUUCUGGGAUAUCAAUACAUUUUGUGAAAGCUAAGGUUUUCAUCAUGUCAGUCAACAUAAAAGUUAUACUCUAAUAAUUUUAUAAUUAGCUAAAUUCAAGAUUGAAAAAACGAUGGAUCUUGGGUGAUACAUAAAGCAAUGCCACACGAAAUAGUAGCUGUUCUAUAGGGGUUUUAUAUAGCCUACCAAUAUAAGUACCGCAGUCACUCGCCGACUCAAUUAUCUUGCGUCUCAAAACUCGCUUCACUGGCUGUGUUUAACGUGGGGAAAAAACUUUAAAAACCGAUCUUUUACUUCACUGUUCAGCAGAACCGGCUAAUUGCCCAACUCAUGAAACUUUGGAAAAAGUCUCUCCUUCACUGCCAGCAGAUUGAUGGAUGUGACACGUAAGCGGCGAGGCUUGACCAGCGUAUCCGUGCCUAUAUAAACUUAGGAGGGGCGGACGGGACGCAGUAAGAGCCGCCUGACUGUCACCCGCAACCAAGAUGCCCACACAGUGCGACGACAUGUCGUGAGUAGGUUCUCGGUUUAAAUUUGGUUUCUUUUCUAUCCAUGCAAAAAACGUUUUAUUUCCCUUCGUUAUUUCUUCGGUUGAAUAGAUGCUUUUCAAAUUAUACAUAUAAUUUAAAUAUAUCUAUGAUGUUCUUAUUGACCUUUGGAUUAUUUUACCAGAAUAUAAACUGAAACAGGGAAGUACCUUACCGGUUUUUUUUCUCCUCUUAUAUUUAAUAUUAAUUGCAUUCAACAUAUUAGUUAAUUAAAAUGUGGGCAACCCCUAAGACCCGCUAUAGUAGCUGUAGCGGCUCAGAAGCGAUCGAGGAUAACGAAAUUGUUGUGAACAUAGGCGGAGUGAAACGGGUACUUUCUGGGACCGUCCUGAACCUGUUUCCAGAUACCCGGCUGGCGGAGUUGGGAAAGUACUCCUCGCGUAGUCUGGAGGAUUUGUUCGCCCUCUGCGACGACUACGACCCCAGCAAUGGCGAGUUUUAUUUUGACAGAGAUCCAGACUCUUUCAAAUGCAUCGUGGAGCUGUACUUUUAUGGUGAAAUUCAUAUAAAACGAGGCAUCUGCCCCAUUUGCUUUAUAAAGGAGAUGGAAUUCUGGAAAGUCGACCCGGAUUACCUAGAUGAAUGCUGUAAGAGUCAUCUGAGCGAGGUGGAACAGGAGCAAGCAGAAAUCAGGGCAAGAGUGAAGCUGAUUCUGGACGAUAUGGAGGGUGACUCCUCUAUCAGCCACUGGCAGAGGUACAGAAAGUCCCUUUGGAAGCUGAUGGAGAAGCCAGAUUCCUCCAAGUUGGCACGUGCUGUUGCUAUUGUGUCUUUCCUCUUUACCCUCCUCUCCACGGUGGUAAUGUGCCUGGGAACCAUCUCAGACCUGCAGGUGGAGGACGACGAAGGGAACCAUGUGGAGCAUCCAACGUUGGACGCUAUCGAAACCGCUUGCAUCUGUUGGUUCACCGUAGAGUACUUGGUGCGUCUGGUCUCCUCCCCGAAGAAGGCGUCAUUCAUCCUGUCCUUCAUGAACAUGGUGGAUCUUCUCGCCAUCGUGCCGUUCUACGUAGCGUUGGUCUUGAUGAGUCUCGGCACGGCUGUUAUGAGGCUGGGUAAUGUGCAGCAGGCAGUGCAGGCCCUGCGCAUCAUGCGUAUCGUACGCAUUUUCAAGUUAGCACGCCAUUCUUCUGGCCUCAAGACUCUCACCUACGCAUUGAAGAGCAGCUUUUCUGAGUUAGGACUGUUACUCAUGUAUCUGGGUGUGGGUAUCUUUGUGUUUUCUGCGCUGGGGUACACCAUGGAACAGAGUCACCCGGAGACUAUGUUCCACAGUAUCCCACAAUCCUUCUGGUGGGCUAUCAUUACCAUGACAACAGUAGGCUAUGGAGACAUCUACCCCAAGACCACUUUAGGGCGUUGCAGUGCCGCUGUCAGCUUCCUCUGUGGGCUGAUCGCCAUAGCGCUGCCGAUCCACCCGAUAAUCAACAACUUCGUCACGUUUUACAACAAGCAGAAGAUCCUGGAGACUGCCACCAAGCACGAGCUGGAGCUGAUGGUGCUGCAGGAAGGUGAAGGUGCCCUGCCCAAGGCAUUACAGAAAGCGCUGAAGCCCAGUACUGUGACGGGAGUGUCGGACAAUAGCAUGUGUGACACUUACUUACCACUCCUAGAAGACUCGGCCCAGAAGGUGCAUCCCUUGAGCUGCAUGGGCAACUCAAAGUAGCUUAACAACUCCAUUGAUCUAUUCAUAUGCUGCUGUUCUCUUACAGGUAUGGUUAAGUCCAUGUAUUUGUAUAUAUCUAAGCCUUAUAAGCUUUAGAGAACAGUUAUAGCAAAUCUUGUUUUGGAGAACACGCUCCUAUUUCUGAAUUAAACUAACUUUGAAGUCUAUUAGGGAAUUUAUCUUGCAGGUGCCAAUCUGUGUACAAUUGCAAAUGCUGUAGUUCAGGAGAACAUUUGUGGCUGGUAACUUGCUAACCCUGAACAGGUGAAUCAGUACAUCAGAGACAAUACUGUAUAGUGUUAAUAUAUAACAUGUAGCCAGAUGUUCUCCCCUCAUAUUAAUACAUCCAUGGACUGGAGGUAGGGCUGUUUUGGAAAAAAAAACAAAAACAUUUUGGCCUUGUAAUAACAUCACAGGUUGUUUUUUUAACAUAAAUUUUAAUCACCACUUUAGGUGAAAUUGAAUAUUUCUUCACAAAUUAUUGCUUUUUUCCUAAGGUUUUUUCUUAAAAAAUUGAAUUGAGAUGUCAGUUUUCUUGGGUGUCUUUGAAUUUACUAAUAAUUGUCAAAAGCAUAAAUAAAUCAAAACCAUACUCGUACAUACUUAUAACUAAGAGUCAAAUAAACCUGCAUUAUCAAAUAAAAUAAAAUAAACAGAAGAACCAG